CCUAAAGGAAGUCUAUUUUCCAUUAGGCUACAAAUGUUUUGCAGUAAAUACAACUUUAUUGGUUAUCUAAGACUUUGGUUGGUUCUUCAAGACCCAUUGAUAUGCGCUCCAUUAACGCGUAUUUUUUGUCAAAGGGAAAGGCCAUACAAUGUAUGUGUCUCAUGCAAGUUAGUAGGGGACAGUUCUGAAUUUGGAGAUGUUUAGCUAACGGUUGGCUAUAUAAACUUACAGCACCCUAACGAAUGCUUCAGAUGCUGUAACUAGUUUAUGAAAUUAAUGUGCACUUGUGCGACGUUUGUCCAGUCCAACGUGCUCAAAUGUUCAGGAGAUGAGUCGGUCUAAAAUGAUCGACAUAUGUCUUGUAUGAAGAGCCAAGUUUUCAAAGGAUUCACGAAGGACCUGGGAUGUUUGGAUCUUUGGUGUUCCCUUGUGAGGCAGAGUCCAUCUCUUCUCUUGCCCCAGCUGGCCCAUGGGGACACUCUCUCUAUGGUUCCAUAAGUCUCCUAUCUAACAUAAUGCAACAUAGAGGACCCAGGAGUACCCUCACAAGAUACAACACUGGACAUACACUGCCUCAGGUUCAAACUGUGACAGGGCCAUCAGCAUUUGGAGUAAAAUUUCAUAAAUGGGCCCAGGUUCAAGCAGGGACCGAGUUCCCUCAUCUGAUGUUUUUCCUGCUGAUCCACAACAUUGGGCCUGUGGGUGGCACCAACCUGUCUCAGCUGGCCAUCAGGGACUCUGUCUCUGGGAUAGCACCUCUAGAGAGUGGAGGAAGGGUAGUAGAGAAGGGCUACCAGACAUUCGCCAUUGACUCACUACCAGCAGGGUCAUAUCAUGUUGUAAAAUAUACUGCUCUCAUCAAGAACCACAAGAGUGAGAUAAUUGAAUUGCCAGCUUUUCUCACCUUCUCCAAUGCCUCUCAGAAUGAUGUCAAUAUGUUUGGUCCCCUGGUGGCAAAUUUUACAUUGAGGGUGAACUCCACUGACAAGAUUUAUCCAAACCAUGGUGUCCACUUUGCUGGAUUUGUUGGUGGGUUCUUCCUGUCAUUAGUACUGUUGUCACUUGGUUUUCUAGCCAUGAACCUGCUAUAUUCCAAAGCCAGGAUGAACUCUCUACAGCAAAGGAAAAAAAGAGGUGAUUCAGACCCAGAGUAUGCAGUUUGCGACAUGAGCGAGGCAGCUAAAGAGGAAGCAGCAUUUGAGGACAAAAUGGUGGACAUCAUGGUGUUGGAAGACCCCCAGAACAUGUAUCAAGCUCUAGAGAACUUGGAGAUGUCCAGCCUACUGCGUACCACCUCAAGCCUGGAGACCGCCCGCGUCCAAAUCUACAAGGACGUGAUUGCCUUGCUCCUUGAUGGCCUCCACUCCCAGGGCCAGACAAGCAGCCAGUCCCAGCAGCGACUUUUGAGCGUGCUUCAUGGCCAACUGAUGGGAAUGGAGGGGAAGCUGAAGGAGGAAAAUGUAGCACGCAUGGCCGCCCUGGCUGACCAGUGUAACCUGGAGACCAGGGAGGAGAUGGAGGUGGAGCGUAGGCUGGAAGCAGCGGAGAAGGCUGAGGCAGAGUUGUUGUGUCGACAUGCAGAAGAUAAGGAUGUCCUCCAAUGCAGUGUGCUUCUAGAGAAACUCCACAAGCUGAACCAGAGUCACUUACAGCACACUCUUCUGGUCAGACACGAAGAGGCAUCUGCGAAGGUCCAGAGGCAGGUUGUUGAAUGGCGGAGAGUAGAACUCCACAAGAUCUUCUCUGAGGAACUGGAGGAGGCAACCCGAAUGGGCGAGAUGGAGAAAAGUGCUGCCAAAAGUCUACUGCAUGACUAUUAUACCUGUCAGGAUCAGCUGGAAAAGGUAUUGGACGUGGUCACGGCCAACCAGCGAGCCAUGCUGGGCGAGCGCCACGCCCAGAGGAAAUUCCUGGUGCAUAGCCUUCACAGCCUAAAGGGCCUCAUCUCAGAUACCUUUGCAAAUACCUCCAGCCAAAUGGACUGUUGGUUCAAUGACAUCAGGAGGGGGGGUGCUGUGUCUGAGGAAGAGAUAAACCGAGUUCAAGAUGAGGCCCAGAAGGAUCUGAUGCUGGUCAGGCAGGGUCUGGAUGAAGCACUGACCCGGGAACGGAGAGCCAUGCAUUGUGGUCUGGUCAAGAAGAGAAGAGACCUUAUCUCUGAGACACUUCAGGGUCACAAGAAAAGGCAGAAGGAGCUAUCGUGUGUCUGCAGAGGGCUAGAGGAGAGAGUAGAGCCGAGCCAGCAUCUGCUGUACUGGCAGAGCCUCCUGACGGCCCAGUGUCUGGAGCUGGGAGAGCUCAUCAACAACUUGGACGAAGGAGCUGCUGCCGACAUCCGCAAAGUCACCAUGCGUCUGAUCCACAGUGCCCUGGUGGAGGUCAAGAACAUCCAGCCUGCAGCAGCCCUGGCUCUCUGGCCCUCAGGGGCACCCUGCUCCUUCCUCCAACCAGACCCAUGCUCAGGUCCAGGGCUGGGGGCCAGUGCUCUGGCUGAGGCCCAGGAGAGGCUGCACCAGGAGGGCAAAAUGGCUGUGCGUACCCUGAGGAGCACUAGAGAGGCCUUACAGGAGGGGAUGGAAAAAGAGCUGCAGGAGCAGCAGGAGCUCAGGGCCCGGGGACACACAUUUUUUAGGACUCUCUGCUCAUCCCAGCUCAGCUUAUCGGAUGAAGAUCUGCUAUGCAUGAAACUCGAGUUCCAGAAGUGUCUGUCUAAGAUGGACCGCUGCUUGGUUCUGCCCCACGCCCUCUCUAGAUCCAAACUCCAGACUUCUCUGUCCAAUUGGAGGAAGAUUGAAGACCAGACCAAGUGUAAAAAGCCAGAGAGAAAGACGAGGUCUAAAGAAAAAUGUACCAUGACCAUACAGAAACCAGACUACUCUGAACUACUUCUAUUCCAGAAAAGACUUGAGGACAGUAUCCAUCUUUUUGAAAAAGAGAAGGAAAUAGAGAGAAGUGCAAUGGAGAUGAUCCUGGAAGAGAUGCGGAUAGAAAGGGAGGAGGAGCUCUGGACCCAGGCAGACAGCCUAGCCAUCCAGAUGGCCAAGCUCCAGUAUCAGAAGGCAGAGAGGAGGACCAAGGUCCUAGAGACCUCCAGAGCCAUGCUCACCCUGCAGAGCCUCCUGAUUGAGGAACUGCGAUCCAGAAAGAGUCUGGGAGGUGUGGAGAUGCUCCAGAACAUACAGAGCCACUACCUGGGUUUGGAAAACGCAGAACAACAGCUACAACAAGAGAGGGCAGAGUUUGAAGUACUGGAAUCUGGACAUGCCCACCACAGGCCAUUUCAAGACCCAAAAGACAGUGAGAGAGAGGAGGACGAUGUGCAGGCAAGGACACUGUUCCACGUACAGAAUCAGUGCAGGAUGGCCACCAUCCUACAGGAGGCGCUCUACAAGUGUGAACAAGUCAGCUUGUUGAUGACUCAGAGGUUACAAGAGUCAAGUGCCAGGAGUCAAGCCAUGGAGGAUCUAAAGGAACAGCUGGAGCUAAAGUGGCUGUAUGCUAACUGUGAUCAGGAUCUAGAGUUUGUAGCGCUGCUGGUGAAGCAAAGUCAAGUGUCCAUUGAGGUUCUCCUGAAAGCCCUGCGCCUCCUCCUCCCCACUCUGCCAGAGUCUGAGCUCCUCUCCAUCAUAAAUGCCCUCUGUCCCAAACAAGCCCUCGUCUCGCCCAACAUGGAGCAAGAAAACACAGUGUGGCCGGAGGAAGCAAGCAGAUCGAUUAUAGUUCAACUAUGGGAGGGUAUGGUGUGCAGUAAUGCAUUACACCCUAUUGCCGACAAAGACAGAAUCAGGUUCAAGGAGAAGAGGCAGUGCCUGCUGGAGAAGCUGUUCCCCAAUCCACAAGGAGAAGCCUUGCAAGAUGUUAUGGCAGUACUCGUCCAGGAAAAGAGAGAGAAAGGGGCUGUACCCAACACACAGCAACCCUCUCAUAAACCAGUCCUGACCGGAAUGAUUGCCUCAGAGCAGCUCAAAGACUCUGUUGUCAUUUCAGCUGGAGGAGCAGUAGAUGAGACUCUGUUUAGCCCAUGUGAGUUACCUGGUACAUCAAGCUCUUCCAACACUCUAAUGGACAUUCCCACUACUGGCGAGAGGGUGUUUGUGUUUCGCAUCCCACCAGAGCCGCAAGGCAAUAUGGCCAUCGCCAACAGGAAGAGGAACUUUCUCAAUCUUAAAAAAUGUUCUGUUGCUCCCACUGACCAACUUUGAUUUAAUGUCAUAAUGCUGUUUCUAAUGUGUUGUUCAAAAAUGUAUUAACCUAUCAGUGGUUCACCUUUUAUAGUAAUUUUCCACAAAGUUUGACUAAUGCCCAAAUAUUCUAUAUAGUGGAUAUUGUACUUACGAAUAUUAUGAAGUCGAAAAUAAUUUGUACAAAUGGUUUUAGUUGAUGCGUGUAAAACUGAUUUGUUGACAGAUUUCUUUGAGAGCAGCUGUUUCCCUUUUCUGUAUAAUCUCUAAUAAUGCCAGGAAUCUCUGUGUGUGUUAGUUAUGGGAAGUUUGGAUCAUUUUACUGACUAGGUUCUUUGAAUCUCGUUCAGUGAAACAAACAAACAUUUAUCAUAUUCUAAAGGAAUAAAUCUUAAUGCAUCUAAACCAGCCAAGAUAAAUUAGAGUAGGCUAUAGGAAAGGGAAAUUGCACAUUAGUGUGGCAGACAAUAUUUUAAAAGAAAAACUCCUGCAUUAAAUACCGUAGGCCUACCCAGCUAACAUGACGUUGCGGCAACGUUGCCAGUAAGUGCUCAGUUGGUAACCCGCGACGUUACCUUCUGGCAACGUUGUGGCAACGUCGUAGCAACGUUAUAAAGGGAAUGUUGCCAGUUGGUCCCAUGGACAACGUUGCCACGACGUCGUACCUUGGUCGGCUGGUUACGUUAUUUUUAGACCCGUGGGCAACGUUGCCGCGACGUUGUACCUUGGUCGGCUGGUUACGUUAUUUUUUGGUCCCAUGGACAACGUUGCCGCUGGUUACGUUAUUUUUUGGUCCCAUGGACAACGUUGCCGCAACGUCGUACCUUGGUCGGCUGGUUACGUUAUUUUUAGACCCGUGGGCAACGUUGCCGCGACGUUGUACCUUGGUCGGCUGGUUACGUUAUUUUUUGGUCCCAUGGACAACGUUGCCGCAACGUUGUACCUUGGUCGGCUGGUUACCUUAUUUUUAGACCCGUGGACAACGUUGCCGCGACGUCGGACCUUGGUCAGCUGGUUACGUUAUUUUUUGGUCCCGUGGACAACGUUGCCGUGACGUUGUACCUUGGUCGGCUGGAUACAUUAAUUUUGGUACCAUGGGUUAAGUUGCCGUUAGUCGCUCUUUGGUCGCAGGACAACGGAUCUCGAGUGCAAUAUAGUGGUUUAUCCAGAGAUGGAGAGAUCACACUGGACUGCUCUCAGUUCUGACACUUUUGCAAUGUAGCCAUAGUCUACAUUAAUUUCAAUCACACACAAUAUUAAAUGUUGCACCCAGCACGUAUACAUGUAGACAAUGCAUGUAAUUCAUGUGCAGCUCAGCCCCAGCAUGUCAUUGGUCAUCAAUUUUCUCAUAUGCAGAAACAUAGCUUUAAUAAA